GCUAGUAUGUGCCAUGUUGCUUAUGUCUCCAGGUAUCCAGACAAUGUCUUUAGUACAACACACCCUGAAAGCUGGAUUAUUCAUUUUACUUUUCAUCAAUGGAUAUUUUUCUGUUAUCCCUGAGGAAGAACAGGACCCCCAGUUCUGGAAUGUGAAAGCACAGCAGGCUCUGGUCUCAGCUCUUGCUGUGAAACCUAAUGUUCACCGGGCCAAGAACCUCAUCCUCUUCCUGGGUGAUGGCAUGGGAUUGACCACACUUACAGCAGCACGGAUUCUGAAAGGGCAGCUGGCUGGCAGGACAGGCGAGGAAGGCACUCUCACCAUGGACACAUUCCCAUAUGUGGCUUUAUCCAAGACCUAUACUGUGGACCAGCAGAUGCCAGACAGUGCAGCAACAGCCACAGCAUAUCUGUGUGGCGUGAAGGCCAUCUAUGGCACCAUGGGUCUCAGUGCAGCCGCCCGACGGUCCCAGUGUAGCACUACCAAGGGCAAUGAGGUCAAAUCUGUCCUCCAUCGGGCCAGGGUAGCAGGGAAAUCUGUGGGCAUCGUCACUACCACGCGUGUUCAACAUGCCUCCCCUGGAGCCAACUAUGCCCACAUUGCUGACCGAGAGUGGUACAGUGACACUAACCUGCCCCCUAGUGCCGCCGGUGAAGGCUGCAAAGACAUCGCCUACCAACUCGUGCACAACACCGACAUCAAUGUUAUUUUAGGUGGGGGAAGGCAGUACAUGUUCCCUAAAGGCACUGCAGACCCUGAGUACGCCCAGAGUACUGGGGAUCGACUGGACAACACAAGCCUCGUUGAUGUGUGGCUCACAAACAGAAAGAAUGCCAAAUAUGUGUGGAACAAAGCCCAGUUAGAUGCUGUGGAUGAGAGAAACACUGAUUAUUUAAUGGGGCUCUUUGAGCCCAAGGACACCAGGUACGAAUUGGAGCGCAAUCCAGAUACAGACCCCUCUCUCACAGAGAUGAUGGAAAAAGCAAUAAAGAUUCUUCGCAAAAACCCUAAGGGAUUUUACCUCUUUGUUGAAGGUGGUAGAAUAGAUCAUGGUCACCACUCAAGUGAAGCUAAGUUAUCACUACAUGAGGCUGUGGAGUUUGACCGGGCUAUUGCAAGGGCCGCUGAGUUAACGAGUGAACUGGACACCUUGACGGUGGCCACAGCAGACCACUCACAUGUCUUUUCCUUUGGUGGUCGCUCACCAAGGGGCAACCCAGUAUUAGGACUUUCAAGUAAAAUGGGUGAUGAUAAUAAGUACUUUACUACUGCUCUUUAUGGGAAUGGACCUGGACAUGUAAUUAUUAAUGGAACACGGCCAGAUAUUAAUUUUAAUAUUACAAGUAGCACAGGUUAUGUACAGCAGUCAGCGGUUCCUCUGUCAUCUGAAACCCAUGGCUCUGAAGAUGUAGCCAUUUUCGCCAAAGGCCCCAUGGCCCACCUGUUCCACGGUGUGCAGGAGCAGAGCUACAUUGCUCAUGCUAUGGCCUAUGCAGCCUGCAUCGAGCCCUACACUAACUGCCAGUUAGAGCCAAUACUAGAUAAGGGCCAUGCUGUCGGUUCCCAGCUGAGUGUCCUACUGGUGCUGCUCUGCCUGCUUACCUCUUUCAUGCCUCUUUAUUGCAAAUUAUUUUAGAAAUACUGACUAAAAUCCUCUGUAAGGACUUUGAAUGAUUUCAAUAAAAUGAUAAAGUAGAAUUUUAAUCUUCAGGUAACAAAUAAUUUAAAGUGGAAUACCUGAUCACUUUUGUAAGUCGCUCUGGAUGAGACCGUCUGCUAAAU